AUGACCUCGACCCCUUCCACAGUCCCUGCCAGCCAGGAUGCUCAACAUUCCCGCAUCCCACCCAAAAUGCACUACCAACGCCUGGGAAACAGCGGCCUCAAGGUCUCCCGCAUCAUUCUCGGAUGCAUGACUUACGGCAACCCCAAAUGGGAAGGGUCUCCAUGGGUACUUGACGAAGAGCAAUCACUUCCUCUACUCAAAAAGGCCUAUGACGUUGGAAUCAACACCUUUGAUACCGCAAACACAUACUCCAACGGAGAAUCCGAGAGAAUCCUGGGAAAAAUGCUCACAACAUACGGCAUCCCACGCAGCCGCGUGGUGAUCAUGACAAAAGUCUACUACCCAGUACUUGAAGACGAUCCAGAUGCAAGGCCAAAUCCGGCUGUUAAUGACGGGCCACUGGUUAAUCAGAUGGGUUUGAGUCGAAAGCACAUCUUCGAUGCGGUCGAAGGGUCGUUGCGGCGACUGAAUACGGACUACAUUGAUGUCUUGCAACUGCAUCGCUUAGACACUGAAACUCCACCCGAGGAGAUUAUGCGAGCGUUGCAUGAUCUGGUACAAAUGGGCAAAGUCCGCUAUUUAGGCGGAUCGAGUAUGCACUGUUGGGAGUUUGCGCGACUGCAGUAUAUCGCGAAGAUGAACGGCUGGACGCCGUUUGUCAGUAUGCAAGGCCUAUACAACCUACUAUAUCGUGAAGAAGAGAGGGAGAUGAAUCCGUUCUGUCAAGCAGAGGGAAUUGGUUUGAUUCCUUGGAGUCCGUUGGCCAGGGGGCUAUUAGCGCGUCCUUGGCAGGAGAAGUCAGCACGGGGAGAUCAAGAUCAAAAGACUAAACGAUGGUUUGUUGGUGAUCAGAAUGAAAUAAUUGUGAGUCGGUUGGACGAAUUGGCUAGCCAGAAAGGCUGUGCAAUGAGUUCGGUUGCGAUGGCUUGGUUGUUACAAAAAGGGUGCUGUCCAAUCGUUGGGUUGAACAGUAUUCAGAGAAUUGAGGCGUCACUCGAGUCGCUGGAAAUCCAAUUGACAGGAGAAGAGGCUGCCCUAUUGGAGGAGGCGUAUCAUCCGUUGUCUGUCCAAGCAAUCUAA